GAGCUGAGUGAGUGCGUGAGUGCAUGAGCUGCUGCAAGGGAGGGGUGCGCACUCGAAGGGAAUAUAUCGCCACCGCCGGCAUUCAAGUAACUCCAGUCUGCGGGAAUAAAGCUCGUUCCGUCCGUGCGGGACGACACAUUCGGGAUUGCACUGAUUUAUUAUAAUUUUUUUUUUAUUCUGACCUUAAGGAAAGAAAGACAGAAAGGCAAUAAUUUUGCACCAGUGUGGCUUUUAUAACAAACCCUCCCCUGCUCAAUCCUACCCUCUUCCGUAAGUUUUCCCUUCUUUGUUUCGUGACCUAUCCAAGAUGCCUAGUUCGCUGUUCGCCGACAUGGAGCGGAGCGGCGGCCUGGGGGACGCCCUGGACGACCAAAGAGCCUUACAGAUCGCGCUGGACCAGCUCUCCCUGCUCCCUGGUCUGGAUAAUGAUGAAAUUUCCCUGUAUGACAACGAGCCCAGGAAAAAGAGCGUCAACAUGACGGAAUGCGUUCCCGUGCCCAGCUCCGAGCAUGUUGCCGAAAUUGUCGGCAGGCAAGGUUGCAAAAUUAAAGCCCUGCGAGCAAAGACCAAUACGUAUAUCAAGACUCCGGUGAGGGGAGAGGAGCCGGUCUUUGUUGUGACAGGCAGGCGAGAGGAUGUAGCCAUGGCUAGGAGGGAGAUCAUCUCUGCGGCUGAGCACUUCUCCAUGAUCAGAGCAUCGCGGAACAAAAACAGCGCCCUGAACGGGAGCGCAGCGGUGCCCGGUCCUCCCAAUCUCCCUGGUCAGACCACCAUUCAGGUGCGGGUGCCUUAUCGGGUGGUCGGUCUGGUGGUCGGACCCAAGGGGGCCACCAUCAAGCGUAUCCAGCAGCAGACGCACACUUACAUAGUCACACCUAGCCGGGACAAAGAGCCAGUGUUUGAGGUGACGGGAAUGCCAGAGAAUGUGGACCGGGCUAGAGAGGAGAUCGAAGCACACAUCGCCAUGCGCACAGGUGGCCUCAUUGAAUUAACAGACGAGAAUGACUUCCACGCCAACGGCACAGAUGUGGGGUUUGACCUGCAUGGAAACGCCAGUCUGUGGAGCAAACCCAACUCCAGUGUCACACCCACCUCUGGUCGCAAGCCUUUCUCCAACUACCGCAAUGACAGCUCCAGCUCUCUGGGGAGUGCCUCCACUGAUUCUUACUUCGGCAACAACAGCAGUUCCAGGCUGGCUGAUUACAGUCCUCCAAGCCCCGCCCUCAGCUACACUGCCUCCAGCAAUGGCAACAACAACAAUAACAACACAAACCUGAACGGCAACGCCAAUGGAUUUGUCUACAGCAGUGAGGUCAUCUCGCCUGAUUGCACUGAUCUGACCUUUGAUUCCUUACCAGGAUUUGACCCCACCCCUACACCGCCGGGCUUGUUGUGGUCACAGUACGAGCGUAGUGUAAACGCCACUAACAGUACCACCACGACCUCCUCAGCCAUUUUUCCUGCCAAUGCUUCCACUAAUGCCAAUGGGCUGAUGGCCAACCAGCGGAGGGCCAACGGGUUGGGAUGCACCAGUCAUCCCAGGCUGUCCCCACCCCUGCACCAAGCCAACGGCGCCUUGGAACACCCACUGGCGCGUAGGGUGCGCAGCGACCCAGGUGGGGGCAACCUCAGCUUCCCAGGCUACUCCGCCAACGGACUGUCCAAGGGCAUCGCCACGCUUUCAGGAUCUCAUCAUCCCGGUGUACACUCUGACUCAUCCAUCUCCUCCUCCUCUUCUUCGUCCUCUUCCUCCUCCUCCGGGACGAGCCGCAAGGGUAGCCGGGACUGCUCGGUGUGCUUCGAAAGCGAAGUGAUCGCAGCCCUGGUGCCAUGCGGCCACAACUUGUUCUGCAUGGAGUGUGCCAACCGCAUCUGCGAAAGAAAUGAGCCCAAAUGCCCUGUCUGCCAUGCUUCAGUUACUCAGGCUAUACGUAUAUUUUCGUAAAGUGACAACACACCCCCUUGACUACAAUAGUAACAAACCAUGAUGGAACACUCAAAGUCCUCUUAUGGCUUUAUGAAAUCCUAAUAACUUUGUUAUUAUAUGUGUAUAUACAUAUGUAUGUAGCGCUGCAGUAUCCAAAAAGGGACACCCAUUUCAGGGCUCCGGUGUAUUUGUUUAUAAUGUACUGUAGCUUGGGACAAAUAUUUUCAACAUCUAAUGCAUGUUUUAAAUAUUAAAGCCUAGUAAUCAAUAGUUUUAGGAAACUGUACACAAAUGUUAAUGAAGUUACAAUAAGGACAGCGGUCUUGCCUGAGGUACCUUAGUCAGUUUGUCGACUGUUAGUUUAAAUAAGCCUUUUGAUUUUGCUGAUCGAAUGUAUUGGUAGCAGACCUUGAGGUUCUGAAAUCUAGAUGGCUACUUGGCUGACAGGAACAAAGACUUACAGUGGAAAAGAUACUGCAGCCUACGAUCAAACUUAUUUGAUGGAGGGAACAGCAACAUAUCCUGCAUAUAUAUGUAUAGAUAAACAAAAGUUUUAAAUAUUCAUGCCAUUAAUACAGAUUGAAGUAUUUUAUUCUUUUUUUGACUUGAAAGAUUAUAUUUCGUAUUGCAAAGAUGUUUACAGAUAUUUUAAUUUAAGUUCAGUGAACUUUUUUGUAGCUGGGUUGAAAUAUCUUUUUAUUUUUUAGUAUGGCCUUAUGGCAAUGAACACUGUAUUAUUUUAAUAUCACUCGAAAUGUGGAUGGCAUUUCAGACCACAAAAUGUGUACUUGCAUUAAACAGUAUUCUGUUGGGAUGGAGGGUUUAUAAGUUCAGCAAAAAUGUCUUUUGAAUCAGUUUCACCCAGCAUAUUUUCUAUUCAGUAAUAUAAAGCAUAUUUUAUUCUAUAUUAUUACGAAAUGUCGAAAUGUAUAAAACUUAGUACGUUCAGACAAAAAGGAACCAUUUAAGCUUUCUAAAAAUUUGUAUGAAUUAGAUUCCAGUGGGUAUUACAGUGUUCUGUUGCGCCACUAUAGGUUUAGGAUUUCUAUUUUAAUACAUUUGUUUACCACUUGUUUAUGUAUAUGUAGGUGAAGUUACUUGAGCGUAUAUGUACUUUAUUGAGCAAAGUUUAAAAACAAAGUAUAUUUUAUUUUAUGAUAAACGGCCUUUAACCUCGUGGUCAAAUACUAAUAUUAUAUUUGCUGAAACAAGAUUUGAAAGUGUAUCAAGAGUUUUAUUUUUCUGACAUUUGAAGUUCUACAUGAUAAAGUAAAACUUAAGUAAUGGUGCUACUUCAUGUUUUUUUUUUUUAAGUAUUUCUAAAUAA